CGCCCAGGAUGAAUCGAUCGCCCACAGCUGGCUUGAGCAAAGGGCGCCCCUGCUGCUUCCUUGAUCCAUCGCCAUCGAAACCUCCCUCCUCGUCCUUCGACUCCCAGCUGAUGCCACCGAUGGCGACCACGACACCGAUGUCGUCGUCGACGGCGGCAGACUCCGCCGCGCGCCGCUUCGCCGUGGCGUGCGGCGUGCUCAGCCAGUACGUCAAGGCCGCCACGCCGAUGCCGAUGCCGAUGCCGAUGCCGGCGUCCGGCGCGCGCGUCCAGCAGGAGCUCGGCCCGGCACUGGCGGACGGGGCGCAGCAGCUGACGAUCUUCUACGGGGGGAGGGUGGUGGUGAUCGACGGCUGCACGCCGGCCAGGGCCGCCGAGCUGAUCCGGUACGCGGCGGCGGUGGCCGCGCCCGCGCCCGCGCCGGCACCGGUGGACAUGCCGAUCGCGAGGAAGGCGUCCUUGCAGCGGUUCCUCUCGAAGCGCAAGGACAGGGGCGCCGCCGUCGCCGUCGCAGCCGCAGUUGUCCCGCCCUACGGCCUUUUGGAGGAGGAGGCGGUGGAGCCGCCCUUUCCGCCGGCGAAAAAAGGCAAGGCGGGAGCAGCUUCGUCCUGGCUGGCCCUGGGUAGCUUAGGAGACAUGCACGCGCAGUGAUCGCCGCCUCAAUAUGACAACUACGUCGAGCUGUGACCAGGGAGCUUUUCCUACAGAUGAUGGCCAGCGGAGAGUUGAUGGAUUAACCUUAAUUUACAUACGGUUAAUUAUUUUAACAACUAUUUGUUCCUCGUUUGAUUAAAGCCACGCACAUGUGUGUGUACAUGUGUGGCAGGCAUGCUCCCUGCUGAGCGCGAUGACAUAAUCGUACUAGUACCGAUCGAUCCAUUCGUAUAGAUCGAUCUAACCCCCUAAAAAUGUUGAACUGCGUGAACAAGAUGCGUAGUUGCAUGUUUCAAAAUUAAUUGCUUGUACUGAUCAUUAUUGUAUUGCCAAGUUGCUCGUGUCCUAUAUGGAUGCGACGUUCGUUAUAUGAACAGUGAGUCGCUGUUUCUUAAAAA